AGAAUUAAAAAGGGAUAGAGAGAGAGAGAGAGAGAUGAGACGAAAAUGUUAAGAAAAAACCUUCAUUUCAAUUCAAUUCAAUUCGAUUUCUAGGUUUUCGUUCGAAGCUCUCUGUCUGUUGAACAAAGAGCGGAAAAAGAGAAAACCCCAAGAAAGUUCGAAUUCGCAGAUUGGGUAUUGAAUGGCCUCGCAAGGGCAGGGAGGAAUCGACCCUGCUUUAUUGGACGACAUUAUCAGACGCCUCACCGAAGUCCGAUUAGCGCGACCAGGCAAACAGGUUCAGCUUUCCGAGAACGAGAUCAAGCUUCUUUGUGCUUCUUCCAGGGAGAUUUUCGUUCAGCAACCCAAUUUGCUCGAGCUCGAAGCACCCAUCAAAAUCUGCGGUGACAUUCAUGGGCAGUUCUCUGAUUUGUUGAGACUUUUUGAGUAUGGGGGGUUUCCUCCAAGUGCCAAUUAUUUGUUUCUUGGCGACUAUGUUGAUCGUGGCAAGCAGAGUCUAGAAACCAUAUGUCUUUUGCUUGCUUACAAGAUCAAGUAUCCUGAAAACUUUUUCCUUCUUAGAGGAAAUCACGAAUGCGCUUCUAUUAAUAGGAUUUAUGGGUUUUAUGAUGAAUGUAAGCGACGCUUUAAUGUGAGACUCUGGAAAGCGUUUACCGACUCGUUCAACUGUCUUCCUGUUGCGGCUUUAAUUGAUGACAAAAUAUUGUGUAUGCACGGUGGUCUCUCCCCUGAUCUCACAAAUUUGGAUCAAAUACGAAACCUGUCUCGUCCGACAGUCAUUCCCGACACUGGCUUGCUUUGUGAUUUGCUAUGGUCGGAUCCUUGUAAAGAUGUCAAAGGUUGGGGAAUGAAUGAUAGAGGAGUCUCAUACACCUUUGGCCCUGAUAAAGUGGCAGAGUUCUUAACAACACAUGACUUGGAUCUUGUCUGUCGUGCGCAUCAGGUUGUGGAGGAUGGAUAUGAAUUCUUUGCCGAUAGACGACUUGUCACGAUAUUUUCAGCUCCAAACUACUGUGGUGAAUUUGACAAUGCCGGUGCUCUGAUGAGCGUUGACGAAGAAUUGAUGUGCUCUUUCCAGAUUCUCAAGCCAGCUGACAAAAAGGGUAGUAAAUUCAUGGUGCCAGCAAGAACGUAAUGGCAGAAUGCAUUUUGUCCUGCUCUUAACUAAGGCAGGCAGGCGUCUUUAGCUCUUCAGCUGGGGGAAGUGGUGAGGGGUAACAAAGUUGCUGAGCUUCAAAACAUUCUGCAACUCAAGAAGAGAGAUACAUACAUGUAUGGUGUGAGUGGUGAGGCCAAAUGCAAUUAUGAUGAGCUUAGAAAUUUUCUUUGGUAGCAGGAGUAUGAUUGUAGAAUAUUAGUACUAACUAAGAUUGUGUUGUUGUGGCUACAUUUCUAUCUAAUCAACAUUACACUUUUCUUGCUUUAUUCAUCACUCACACUAUAUUUCUUU